AUGGUGAUGUUUGCCUUGGCGCUUAGUGAAGACCGUUCAAGCAAGAGCCAGCGUCGUAUCGAUAUCAUGGAGGGCCUUGCCAACAUCUCCGAGCAGACUAAGGAGUUCCUGAAGCUUGACCAGGAUAUUAAGAAAUGUUGCAUGAAGUUUAAGGACCUGAAGAGUUUGCUACUCCUUGGUCGUGGUAAUCAGCACGCCACUGCCCUUGAAGAUGCCCUUAAGAUCAAGGAAAUUUCCUAUCUCUACUGUGAAGCUCAUCUUAACGCUUACAACCAGGUUAUUGCGCGUAACGGCCGGCCCAUAGUCAUCUGUAACACUGAUGACCUCGAGUUCCCUAGAGACAGGACCGACAGGGUCGAGGUCCCCCGCACUGUUGAUGCUCUUCAGGGUCUGCUCAACGUAAUUUCCUUGCAGCUCGUGGCCUAUUGGCUUCCUGUAGCCGAGGGGCUGAAUGUUGAUUUCCCAAGGAACUUGGCCAAGUCUGUCACUGUCGAGUAG